AUGAACUCCUUCCUCUCCUCCAUCCGUCCCCGUCUUGACACGGAGGAAAACUCUGAUGUCAUCAUCGUCACCGGAAACGAAUCCGCAGACUUGGACUCGAUUGUCUCGGCGUUGACGACCUCAUUCUUCCUGAAUAGCUCGCAUGCUUACCCAGGAAAAAUCAUCCUCCCCUUCAUCAACAUUCCAAAAAUCGACCUCACCCUCCGCUCCGACGUCGAGUUUAUCUUCGAGACCAACAACAUUAACAACGGCCUCAUCUUCUUCCGCGACGACCUGCCAACCCUCGAGGCACUUGCUGCCAAGGAUAGACUCUCACUCUUCCUGGUCGACCAUAAUGAGGUCAUGGGUACCAUGGCUUCGCUCUCGCGCGCCAAGGUGAUCGGUGUGCUGGAUCAUCAUGUGGACGAGGGGCUUUACAAGGACACUGCUAACCCACGCAGGAUCGAGAUGGUUGGCUCUUGCGCCAGUUUGGUGGCGGACCAGUUCUUGAAGACUCAAAUGGAGAGAGAUAAGAAACAGAACGGAGGAGAGGAGCCCGACUGGGUUCAGCAGGUCACUCGGUUGCUUCUGGGACCCAUCUUGAUCGAUACCCAUGGCCUCAAGCCUGAGAUGAAGAAGGCCAAGCCCUUGGACCUGGCCAUGGCAGAGUUUAUGCUUCCUUUCACCAAAUGGGGGUCGAUGGGGGAUCUUUUCAGCAGGAUCGACAGUGCUCGCAGGGACACCUCCCAUCUCUCGUUCUACGAUCUCCUUAGAAAAGACUACAAGGAGUGGACUGUCCAGAAUCCAAUAACCAAGAAGGUCGUCAAGGUCGGUAUCAGCAGUGUCAUCGGUUUGAUGGACAAGUAUGCCGAGCGCGAUACCAAGGAGGUCAUGCAGACGGCGAUUCAUACAUGGGCGAUGAACAGAACUCUGGAUGUCUCGAUGGUCCUGUUGGCCGAUGACUUGGGCGAGGGCAAUGGCGGAUACCAGCGUCAAUUGAUUGUUAACCCGGUGACAGAAAAGGUCCAUGGAAUCACGGAACAGAUGGAAGGGGUUGCCCAGCUGCAGUUGGAACGGACAAAGAUCAUUGAUACCGAGGAUUCUGUCAGCCGUGGCGAGCGGGCGUAUCUCCAGCAUAACAGUACUUGUACCCGCAAGCAGAUCUGGCCCUUUGUCGAAAAGCUCCUCACCGACUCUCCCCAACCCUCCAACCUGUAA